GUUCUCUUCUUUUGCAGAAGAGUUGUCAUCUGAUAAAAACAGACGAAGAUUGAGUGAUUGCAAAAAAUAAUAGUAAAACAGAUUGUUCCAGAGAGGAAAGUCAGAAAUGUUUUUUAUGAUAGCAAUCAAUUGAAAGAAAAAGGAAACCAUUUGCUAUGCGGGAAGACUGGUUGACACAAAUAGAAAACCGAGAGGGUCUUAUUAUUCUCUUUGUCAACUACACCUUCUUCUCUGUAGUUUCACUAGUCUGUUUAUUGUUUGUACUGUGUCUGACGCAUACAACAUCUCCUCCGAAUGACAUAAUGUAUUCUAUUUCAUUUAUUGCCUACAGUUUUGUUGUUGUCACUAUCAUACUGGCCGAUUAUGUUGUAUAUACUAUCAACAGCCACAGGGAAAUCAGAAUAAAGUGAUGAGAAUUGGGUAAAACUUCAUUGAAAUUUGAACCAACCAUUUCUUAAGAGUAAUCAUUACACAGAAUAUAUAUAAAACACCAUGUCAGCUUCCAAGAAUAUUAAGAAGAUCAUUCGGAACAUGAGUGCUGGUGUGAUCCAGAUUGGGAGUCAGGAAAAAGAGGAGCCAGUUCAUUCUUUCUCAGGGGAAAUAACUCCUCUGAGUCCUUCAUCCAAAUUCACAGAAUCAAGCAUUGACAUUCCAGGACAAAACUUGAUCAAAUACAUGAUGCUGUCUCACUGGGAUAACAUUCUUGGACCACGAGUGGUGCAUGUCUGGAAUAUGGGAACCGAUUCUUUGGAUUCCGGUUUCUUGUCACGCAUCAGUAGUCAGAGUUUGAGCGGGGAGAUCUGCCGUGAAGUGACCAGUUUCAUAGACCACAAGAUGUAUGAAAUCCCAGAUGCUGAUGUUUUUGUGACUGCAUUUAUCUUUACAGCCAUGGGUAUCAGUGGCCCUUGUGUUCACACACUGUCUAUAGUGAUACAAAAAUCAGAUAUGACAUUCUUUUUAAAUAUACAGCAGCUGUUUCUGAAGUGUUUUGAAAGAAUAAUUCGGAAGUUCAAAGUUAAUCUUGAUCAGGUUUCACUUGACUCAACAUUUGAAAGUACUUACAAGGAUUUUGAUGAUUGUUGUCAUCCUUGCAUUGAAAACAUUGGAUACCUGAAAAAGUCUGUCUUUCCACAGAAAAUUGUGCUGUCUUCUACAUACCUGUGUCCAGCUCAUCAUCUAGACCGAGACUUUCUGAGUUGCUGUAUUAGCUCACAUCUAUCAACAUUUGGUAGGAGCUUGGUCAUUGGGGACAAAGUAGAUACUGUUAACAUGAUGUUAAAAACUUUAAGUUUGUUUAAUUCACCUAAGGAAAGAUACUGUUCCAGACUUGUUCAACAGAAUGAACCUAGCCAAUACCACCAUGAUAUGUGGCUCCAGGGCCAAGUCCAGACAUCUGACCAUUUGGAUCUGCCUGUUCCUGAAAUCCUAUACAGUGGCUACCCCACUACAAUGAUAGACCUGUCUCAGAAAAUGGUUCGGGAAUCCCCCCCAUACAGCGAACAUGUGACCCAUGCCCAGGACCAGUGGUACAAUGAGCUGGUAGGACUACAGUAUGGCAUGGUGGAGCCCUGCAUUCCCCAAGGAGAAUUAUUCUCUCAACAUGAAAAAUUAGACACCCUAGUCUCUGGAUUACUUGAUGAACUUGACAAGCUGCCGUCAGAUUGUGGUGUACGAGAGGCUUACAUACAGCAGUUUAACCGAAGCAUACAAUAUAAGGCCCUGUGUAUCAUCAAAUAUGUAGAAGGCGAAACAAAUUCAGGAACCAUUCCAUUUAGAGGGGAAUAUAAGAAACUCCAAAAGGAUGUAUGCAUUCUUUCUGAAGGCGACUUCAGGAUUUAUUUGUCUGCGGCAGAGAAACUAAAGCCAGGAUUGAUUGGAUUUUUAUACUCAAAAUAUUCUCGAGAACAUUCAAAUUCUGGCUUGUCCACUAGUAAACCUUAUGUACGAUAAUGAUAAUAGUACCAUUAAGAGAACUGAAAAAGCAACAAAAUAGGAUGCUUUUUAGGUGUAUCGAUAUUCAUAAGCAUCAAGCUUUCACAUUGUUAAGAUAGAUUUGCAAAUUUUUAACACAUUUCUCAAUUUUUUGAAUAUUUGAUUAAUUUAAUUUACUAAAUAAUGAAAAUAAGUGUUGAAACAAAACAGGAUGAAAAAUAAUAUGUAGAAUAGCUAGAUGUUUAUUUCCAGAAUUGCUAUUAAACUCUAAGAAUAAUGUGAUUUACCGGUAGAUGAAUUCUUGUACAAUAUCUAGAACACUUUACUUCUAUCUGUUUGUUUCAGUGUAUGAUUUAUAAAACUAUGUAUUCUCAAAGUUUAUAUGUAAUAGAGAUGCCAAGAUUUAUACUGUGUCAGGACUCCUAUUUUUACACUAUAGAUUCUAUGCAAGGUGACAGAUUCAUCAAUUUGGCAAUACAUUCCACAAUGACGCAAUCUGUGAUUUAAUUUAAUUUUGUUGUUGAUGAUUUAGGUUUUAAGAACAAAUGUUUUAAUUUGAUGUGGCAUACAUU